AUGAAGGCUUGUGAUUUGCUUGAUCUCCGGCCCCUGCCUUCAGUAUACCUUCUGAAGGACCAGUGUCGUCGUCCCGAAGUGUCCAAGGUCUACGACCUUUUGGACAAAGGUUUCUUUGAGAAGGCCUCCGAGGCCGCAAAGGCUUUGGAACAGGCGAAGCCUAAGCUGCCUGGGUCGCGAAGCCGGGUGGCCGAAAAGGAUCUCUCUUUGUUGGUGCUGUCAGAUGUCCAUCGAUUGUGGGGCGAUUUCUGGGGAGCCGCAGAUCUUGCGGAAGAGGCCGUGGAGGCUUCGAGACCGGACCCAUCUUCGUCCUUGUUGAAGGCAGCUGCUCUGGUGGCGCUUCAGCGCGCCAAGAUGCGCCAAGGAGCAGGUGGCCAGGACGCGCUGAAAGAGGUGCAGCAGCUGUGCGGUGAGAUCUUGGACCUGGUAAAUGCGGAGGAUCAAGUCUCGGCGGAGGGCUUUGGGCACGUCAUCGCCGCCGAAACUGCCAUUGCUCUACAAAGAUAUUCUGAAGCCAUGCAAGCAGCCAAAGUCGCUGUGCAUUGCUUCAGGAGCCGCGAUGCUGUGGCACAGGCCUCCGCCCUGUUGCUGCUGAGUUGCGCCUGCAGCGGCGCGGCGUGUUUUCGGGAGGCGGUGGCCGCGGCCAAUGUUGCGGCUGUCACGGCCAGGAGCAGUGGUCAGGUGCUGCUGGAGGCCUUAGCAAAACGCCAAAGUGCCCAGAUGCUGCUGAUGCUGGGAGAGGAGCAACAGGCUGCAAUGGUUGCAGAGGACUCGGUGUCUCUCUACGAAAAAUUGGGGGAUUCGACGCGACAGCUGGAUUCGCUUCUCCUCUGCGCCGAAGCGCACCUGCGCCGCGUCAAGCGACGGGAGGCAAAUGCCCAACGGAGCUCUCUAAGGGCUUGGGCUUUGAAAGCCAAGUCGUUGGCGCAUGGUGCGCUUGGUGCGCUUGGUCAUGGCGAGGCGCCGCGGCAAGCCCUUCUGCUGCGGGCGCGGGCAGCCAAGGCGGCCGGAGAACUUGCCCAGGCUUUGGAGGACGCCACUGAAGCCCAGAAACUCCUGUCAGAUGCCUCCGACCGUUGUGGGGUGGCUUCCUGUCUGCUGCUGCAAGCAGAGGUGAAAGCCGUCGAGGGCCAGGAGUCAGAGGCUCUCACUCUCCGGACGCAGGCACAGGCUAUGCUGAAGUCACCAACGCAGGCAGAUACAUCUAGCGUUGAAAUGCCACGGGCAGCUGCAUCGCUAGAAGGCCUCGUCGAGAUGCAAUGGGAAGAUCACAUCCAUUUUUGCUUCAGAGGUCUGCAAGGGCGUCCGGUGUCCAAUGUGGUCAAGGGAAGCUGA